AUGACAACUAAGUACGUCACAUUUCCAGACCUACAGCCUUCUGAGCCGCAGGGCUCUGAUUUGCUCGCUGCUGAACGAGCACAAGCUACUUUUCGACCAAAUGAUUUGACUGACCUUAUCUACGGAGCCGAGCAAAUGAACAAGUAUGCUCGCGUUCAAGAGAUUAUUGAGGCGGAUCCUGCGUUUGACAAAAGUGCUCAUUAUUAUCUUGGACGAGAAGACCUAUACAAGGCGUCAUUAAGAAAGGAAAAAAGACUUGCCAAGCUUAUGAGAAAACAUGGUUGGGGAAUUGACGAACUUCAAAUGGCCGAAGAGAUUUUAGAUAUACCAUCUCAAUUUAUGGCCCAUCGUGGAAUGUUUGUUCCUAGUUUAAUGUCGCAGGCAGACGAUGAACAGAAGGAAGCGUUCCUCAAACCAGCUCUUCGAUAUCAAAUAAUAGGAUGUUAUGCACAGACCGAACUUGGUCAUGGGUCCAAUGUUCAGGGCUUGGAAACGACUGCUACAUAUAUUCCAGAGACUGACGAAUUCGAAAUCAAUUCGCCUUAUCUGACAGCUGCUAAAUGGUGGGUUGGUGCGUUAGGUAUUACCUCUAAUUAUGCUGUCGUAAUGGCUCGCUUGAUCAGCAAUGGGAAGGAUCACGGUCCGCAUCUGUUUGUUGUUCAACUUCGUGACCUGAAGACUCACAAACCACUGCCAGGGCGCACUAUUGGAGAUAUUGGUCCCAAACUUGGAUAUAAUAGUAUAGACAACGGCUUCCUUUUGCUUAACAAAAUUCGAAUCCCCAGAUUUAACAUGCUGUCAAAAUACGCACAAGUAGAAAAGGGCACCGGAAGAUAUACCAAACCCCCAAACGCCAGACUUGCGUAUGGUACAAUGGUAUUGAUGCGUGUUUAUUUCGUACUCGCAGCUCGACGCGCUCUCGCACGUGCUGCUACUAUUUCUAUUAGAUAUUCUGCUAUUCGAAGGCAAUUCGUUGAUCCGGAGAAUCCUAAGAAAUGGAACAAUGGGCGUGUUAUUGAAAGCCCAGUGAUAGACUAUGUUAUUCAACAAUAUAGACUGUUUCCCGUACUUGCACAAGCAUAUGCAUGCCAUUUCGCCGGUCUGGCAUUAAAAGAUCUAUAUGAGACGUACAUCAAACAGAGCGAGAAAGGCGACUUCUCUUUGCUUGCUUAUCUACAUGCUUCUAGCUCAGGUCUCAAGUCACUUACUACUACGAUGGCCGUCACGGCUCUUGAAGACUGUAGGCUUGCAUGCGGUGGACACGGCUAUUCGAAAUUUAGUGGAUUUGUCACAUACUCGCAGAACUAUGCCCCAAAUAGCACCUGGGAAGGAGAUAAUUAUCUUUUAACUCAGCAAGUAGCACGAUAUCUGUUCAAAACUUAUCGUCAGCUUAUCAGUUCCGCUCCGCUCACGGCAACGGUCGAUCCGACGGUCACAUAUCUCCAACGAUAUCUCAACAAUCCCAAAUGCACUUGCCCUGCUAAGUCACCAGAAGACUUUCGUAAACCUGAAAUCCAGCUUCAAGCCUUUGGUCAUCGAGCAGCGUACAUGAUAGCGGCAGCAGUCGAUCAGCUAGACAAUCAUGGUCGUACUUGGAAUUCUUUGCUAGUGGAUAUUGCAGCUAUUUCUCGCGCGCAUUGUCAAUAUGUGCUAGUAUGUAAUUUUAUCGAAGCAUUACAACCAAAAUCAAACAGUCAAUAUGAUAAAUUUUUCAAGGAGAAGCCCGAAAUACAAUCUGUUUUGACGACUUUACGCGAUCUGUUCGCCCUCCACACGAUGCAGAAAGAAUUUGGUGAAUUUCUUUCAUCUGGAUAUUUAUCUCCAACUCAGUCAACGAUGGUAAAAGAUCAAGUAUUGGCCUUACUUAAAGAGGUCAGACCUAAUGCUGUUGCAUUGGUAGAUUCAUUCAGAUUUUCAGACUAUACGUUGCAGUCGGCACUUGGGCGAUAUGAUGGCAAAGUGUACGAGACUCUGUGUGAGUGGGCUUCAAGAGAACCGUUGAACAGUGUUACGGUAGAUGUUAAUCUAGGCAGUGACACACUUUUCCGUGAAGAAAGAGUAAUCUCUAAGUUAUAA